UUAAAUUUACACAUUUUCACAAAUGUUCAAAGGCACUUUUUGUAAUGUUCUGACGGACAUUGCAAAAAUAUUUAGACUAAUUUCUGUUUUUUCAUCGGGUAAGUUUACAGAAUGAAAGUGACAAUGUUCCUCCUUAAAUGAGAAAUGGUAGAAAGGUGAAACGCAUUCUGUUGAGAUGUGUGAGGUCGUGUUCUUUUUCUACUUUAACAAGAACUGAAUAAUAACAAAAAAAUCAAUAAAGGUCUUUGCCCUUUCCAGAUGUCCCAGCCACACAAGAUAAACACACGCACACGAAUAACGUUUUAUAUUUGCAUUGUCGUGUUUGAAUUGGAGCUCUGGUGAAGGUUGACAGGCCCUGUACUGAAAGGGCUCUUCUUGUUUUUCUGUUUGGUUCCACAGUGUGCAUGAGGCUGAAGCAGCAGAAACAACAUGGCCGACAGCCCGUCCGUCGAACCCAGAGAUACAGAAGGCGCCGGUGUCGAGCAGAGUCGGACGUGCCUCUGUGUGCAGAUGACGACUGGGUCUCUAAAUGCCCGUCCGGCUGCAGACUGCAGGGUUUGAUCUCACAGAUGGAGAGAGAUGUGGAGAGAAAGCUGUUGAAGGUUUGCGAGACGGCGAAGUCGUACGAGGACGCAGCCGAGACGUCCAUGACGGCGGUGACUCGAAUCUACAACUCCAACCGCAGAGUGAUAGUCACCAGAUACAUCUCGGAGCUGAAGUUUGCGGAAGGCGCAGAGGAGUUGUCUCGAACUCUCACGUCGCUGCGGAAACGCUCGAGCAGUUUGUCGCAGCGACUCAAAGAGCUCCGAGGCGCCGUCCGGAAACAGGUGGAGGACUUGUACCGAACCGAGGUGGAGAUCGACAUGACGCUCCGAACCUGUCACGGCUCGUGUCGCUCGGCGCUACCGUUCACUGUCGAUCACGCCAGUUAUCAGACACUGGAAACCGACAUGGAGCAGCUGAACAAGGCCGUCCACCAGAGACACAAAGCCGUGACACCACCUGAAGACACUGCACACGUCUGGAUCAACACUGUUGAUAUGAGCCCGGCCCCGUCUGCUGAAUACAGGAGGAUCCCAGCGGUCCAGAGGGAACUGCUGACCCAGUUUGAGGACAUAGGACAGAAUGAGUUGGGUCUGGAGGAGCUGCUGGACUUUGAAGACGUGGAGGUUCUUGAACAUUUUUGAAAAGGAGUUUCUCCUCCGUUUGAACAUGACCGUUCAAAAAACUGCAGUUCCUGUUUUGUUUAACAGGGCUAUGGUCAGAGUUUCAUAUUACCUCAUCUCAACAGUUUUAUUAUUUAUUAGAGAACAGCUGUAAUGGAUUUUCAAUGCUGUGCUGCUUGUGGACAUUUUAUUUUAUGCAUGUUAGUAAAGACUAUUUCACGAUCGAAUAA